AUGCUCGCCAGGAGGCAUCUCUGGGAGUACCUGAGCGAAAGUAGAAGGAAUAAUUAUGGCAGAGCCAAUCCCACUGAAGAGAAAGAUGUGGCCAAUGCUCCCUCACACGUCAUUAAUAUGAUCUUCGACGGAUCUAUGAUCGCCAAAACUAACUUCACUGCAUCAAGAAAAAUGAAGAUUUUGGUAACACGAGAAAAAAGAACUCGAGAAUUUCCAGAUGAGGAUGUGAUUACUUUCUCCAAUGAAGACGCGUCAGACGGUACCCUACCGCACAAUGACGCUCUGGUCAUCACUGUACUCAUUGGUAACUGUCAAGUCAAACAGUUCAUGAUCGAUCCAGGGAGUUCUGCUAAUAUCCUUCACUGGAAGGUGGUGGAAGAAAUAGGAAAUGAUACCGGCUGUAAGAGCGCUCUCCGGUCCGGGUGUGGCUCCCCAAGCUCAGAAGGAAGCUUUUUAGUUCAAGGGGCUGCAUCCAGAGGUUGGACACUCUACACGUAUAGGGCGUCCAAUGUAAAAGGCACGGGGCUAGGUGUGGUACUCCGUACCCCUACAGAAGAUGUUUUAAGGCAAGCAAUCAAUAGCGUGCCUCUAACUAACAAUGAAGCAGAGUAUAAAGUUUUGAUUGCAGGUCUCGAGCCAGCCUGGGGAUUCGGUGCGGAAGUCAUUGAGGCAAAAUGUGGCUCCCUAUUGGUGUUAAAUCAAGUUCACAGAGUGUUCGAAGCCAAAGAGGAGCGCAUGUUGAAGUACCUGGAGAAGGUUCUUUGGUUGCUUGCUCGAUUUCAAGAAUGGACGGUGGUGCACGUCCCUAGAGAAGAAAAUAUAGAAGCCGAUGCAUUGGCCAACUUAGGCUCAUCUACGGAAUCGACGGGCCCGAACCCAGAAUUCGUGGUCCAACUACUGCACUCAGCGUUGGAUCAAUCAGGAUAUAAAGAGGUAAAUUCCACAAGCUUUGUUUGUGACUAG